UUUAUAUAACACAGCUGGUUUAUUUUUCUCAGAUUAAGCACAGUGCUAUUAAGGAAUAUGUAUGUAGAAGUUAAUGGGCCUGCAUAUUAUCUUUGCCUGCACACCUUAUCGAACAAAACAGUAGCAACAGUAGAAAGAGUACGCCGGGUUCAAUGUGUGAGUUAUAUCUUUAUCGCCGAGUGAUUCCCUAACAUCCCGUUGCUCCGCUCUACGGUUGAAUAACACGUACUGUUGUGCAAAAUAUUCGGCAAUACUUAAACGCAUUGUUUAGGAAAUGAGUCAUGUUCCAUUAAGGCCACAGAGCAAUGAGUGUAGGCCUUGUAUUAAAACGAACCGAGGCGCAUUCCAGCAGUGGCAGUGGCAAAGAUUUUCGAAGUACUACUAAACUUCUCGCUGAUCAUUAAAUAAGUCCUAAGAGUGGAAAAAUGUUCGAUUUCAAUCUAGAAUUUGCUCGUGGUGGCGCUAAAGUUACCACCGAACUCUUCGAAUUGCUAGCAGAUGGAGGCGUUAAGCAGAACAUAAUUUUCUCACCGUUUUCCAUACAAGCUUGUGCUGCAUUGGCAUUUGCGGGUGCCAGCGGAGAAACAGCCGAUCAGAUUGCUGAAGGCCUCAAAUUCGCAUCGAAUUUUCAUCCCGAGGUGGCGGAAACCUUCCAAUUUGUUUUUGACAAGUACAAAGAUAGUGAAUUGCUUAAAAUUGCCAACAAGCUGUAUAUUCAAGAGGGAUACCUACUAAAAGCCGAUUAUGAGACGUCAUUGAAAGAAAGUUACAACGCUGAAACAGAAAAUGUUGAUUUCGCUGAAAGCGAAAGUACUGCCGCUACAAUAAAUUCGUGGGUGGAGGACAAAACUGCUGGCAAAAUUAAAGAUCUUGUGCAGCCAGCAACUUUCGAUGCAUUAACACGGCUUGUAUUGCUGAAUGCGCUACAUUUCAAGGGCUCAUGGGCUAAUAAAUUCGAUGAAGAAGAAACUGCCGAGGACGAUUUUUGGAUAUCUGAGGAAGAAUCUAUUAAGUUGCCCUUUAUGAAUAAGAAAGCGAAAUUUGGUUAUGGGUUCUUUGAAGAGUUAGACUGCCAGGCGCUCGAAAUGCCAUACAAUAAUUCAGAUCUAUCUAUGCUUGUGCUAUUGCCCAACGAGCGUGAGGGCUUGAAAUCGCUUGCCGAGAAGCUGAAGUCGGUGAAUUUGGUCGAUUUGGCUGCCAAUCUUGACGACGGCGACAACAUUGUGGUCAAAUUCCCUAAAUUCAAAGUGGAAUUUGAAGUAGAGCUAACAGAGACAUUGAAGAAGCUCGGUAUUGACAAAAUAUUCAGCGACGAAGCUGAGUUUAGCAACAUGCUUGAAGCGCCAGAGGCUCUUCACGUCUCUAAUGUAUUCCAUAAGGCAGUUAUUGAAGUGAAUGAAGAGGGCACCGAGGCAGCUGCCGCUACCGCGAUGAUUAUGAUGGCGCGUUGCAUGCUCGUAGACCCGCAAUUCAUUGCCGACCGUCCAUUCUUCUAUGCUAUUUGGAAUAAGAGGAAUAUCUUAUUCGCUGGCGCCUUUGUGAAUGCGCCAAUAGCUUAAAUAGCCAAGCCUACAUUUGUAACUAACGUCGAAAGCAGCAAAACAUGACAUAAACGCCUGUAUUUUUUUUUUUUACCAAAAAUUAUUUUAUUAAACACUCUACGAAUUUGCAAAUCAA